AUGGCAUCAACCUACAACACCCCGCCAGCCCAAAACCUCUACGCCGACACCGCCGCCACCAUCCGCCCCUGGCGCGACUUCCUCUCCCUCUCCUCCCUCUCCCUCCCCAUCUCCUUCUCCGAGCUCAACUCCCGCCUCCCCUCCAACCUCCGCCACUUCCGCCUCAACUACGCCCUCCUCUUCCUCCUCGUCCUCCUCCUCUCCCUCCUCUCCCGCCCCCUCGCCCUCAUCCUCGCCCUCCUCGCCCUCGCCGCCUGGUUCUUACUCUACCUCUCCCGCGAGGAGCCCCUCGCCGUCCUCGACUUCCAGAUCGACGACCGGGCCGUGCUCGUCGUGCUCGCCUUCGCCACCGCUCUGGCCGUGACCUUGACCCACGUGUGGGCGAACGUCGUCAUCGCGGCGCUGGUCUCAGCCGGUUUGGUCUGCUUGCAUGCGGCGAUUAGGUUUCCGGCGGAUCCGGAUUACGGGGAGUCGCCGUACGGCGCUUUGCUUUCUUCGGGCGCGGGUGAUAGCCCCAGAGGGGCUUAUUCUCAUGUCUGA